AUGUUGAGAAAACGCGUGGAGAACGACUUUCUCUUUCUUCUGACAAGAGAACGACUUUCUCUUUCUUCUGACAAGAGAACGAUUUUCUCUUUUCUGACAAGAGAACGGUCUUCUCUUUCUUCUGACAAGAGAACGAUUUCUCUUUCUUCUGACAAGAGAACGAAGAUCAGGUCUUCUCUUUCUUCUGACAAUAUCAGAUCAGGUCUUUUCUUUCUUCUGACAAGAGAACGACUUUUUCUUCUUUCUUCUCUUUCAGACAAGAUCAGAUCAGGUCUUUUCUUUCUUCUGAAAGAGAACGACUUUCUCUUUCUUCUGACAAGAGAACGACUUUCUCUUUCUUCUGACAAGAUCAGGUCUUCUCUUUCUUCUGACAAGAUCAGAUCAGGUCUUCUCUUUCUUCUGACAAGAUCAGGUCUUCUCUUUCUUCUGACAAGAGAACGACUUUCUCUUUCUUCUGACAAGAUAAGGUCUUCUCUUUCUACUGACAAGAUCAGAUCAGGUCUUUUCUUUCUUCUGAAAAGGGAACGAUUUUCUCUUUCUUCUGACAAGAUCAGAUCAGGUCUUCUCUUUCUUCUGACAAGAGAACGACUUUCUCUUUCUUCUGACAAGAUCAGGUCUUCUCUUUCUUCUGACAAGAUCAGAUCAGGUCUUCUCUUUCUUCUGACAAGAUCAGGUCUUCUCUUUCUUCUGACAAGAGAACGACUUUCUCUUUCUUCUGACAAGAUCAGGUCUUCUCUUUCUUCUGACAAGAUCAGAUCAGGUCUUUUCUUUCUUCUGACAAGAGAACGACUUUCUCUUUCUUCUGACAAGAUCAGGUCUUCUCUUUCUUCUGACAAGAUCAGAUCAGGUCUUUUCUUUCUUCUGAAAAGAGAACGACUUUCUCUUUCUUCUGACAAGAUCUGGUCUUCUUUUCUUCUGACAAGAUCAGAGAACGACUUUCUCUUUUUUCUGACAAGAUCAGGUCUUCUCUUUCUUCUGAAAAGAGAACGAUUUUCUCUUUCUUCUGACAAGAUCAGGUCUUCUCUUUUUUCUGACAAGAUCAGGUCUUCUCUUUCUUCUGACAAGACUUACUCUUUUUCAGCCCAGUCAUAA